ACAAUCCGACCGUCUAACCAAAUUUACAAGCCUUUCAACAAAAAGCUUCACAACCUCCGUCCACCACAACCAACAUCUCCCCCCAACCCCACGAACGAUGUAAUGCCACCAGCACCCCUACCGCAAAGCAGCGCCGCCGGCGCCGCCGAAAACCCCAGCAAUGAAUACGAAGAAGCGCUCGAAAAGCUGCAGCCGCUGCAGCCCGUUCUCCGGGGCUUCAACCACCGCAACCGGAACCAGCACCGGCGCUCUGCGUGGUGGGCCCCGUACGGGAUGUUGCGGCGGCACGUUGAUAAGCUGAUAGACUCGCUGCUCGAAUUAUCUACUGCCGCUAUCGCGGCCGCCAAGUUGAAGAACAAGAAGCGCAAGCGCAGCGACGACAGCGGCGCCCGCGCCGAGAGGAAGACGCGCGAUCACGUGCGGUGGGUGCGGGAUGUGUUGGUUCCGAGAUGUUAUCUCGCCUUCUCGCAGCUGACGGCAGACAACCAGUUCGCGACGCUAGGCGUAGUACUGCUCAGCGCACUGGCGCAGGUGAACGCAGUGUGCGUUCGGCUGGUGGGAGAGGCUGUGGUGGAAGGCGGGGAAGGAGACGGUGGCGCAUUGCGAGUGGCUGAUAACGCCAAAGCCAUUGCGGAGUCCAGCAGCUCAAGUAGUAAACUCCCGCAAUCUGAGAAAGGAGGCGCCGUGAUCUCGCGAGACGAAGUUGCGAGAGCUGAGAAGUUGCGGAAGAAGGACGGUCUACUGAAAGAGGGAAGAGGUUCGGCUAAACCCGCUGCUGCCCUUGAUAAUGCUAGAAAGGAUAUGGACCGCAACGAUGGCGCCACAUCUACGGAGAUACAAGAGAGUACAAUACCUAAAAGCAAAACGAAGGAAGUGGACGAUACGUCUAGCAAGGAGGUAUCAAAGCCAGCCAAAAAGAAAAAGAAGACCAAGAAACGCGGCGACGAAUUUGACAAUCUCUUCAAAGGCUUAUUCUAAGCUGAACACUAGGUAGCCAAGAAUACCAAUACCAAUACAUAGAGCAUAUAUACCUACA